AAAACCCUCCCUCUUCUCUUCAUUAGCUGUUUUCCUUGUCAUUCACGGAUUGUAUUUGGUCUGUUGAAAUCGUUGCUUGGACAUUCUGAUUUGAUUACUAAUCUUUUCCUUUUCUUUUGAUUUGAGAGAAAAAAGUCGAUGAGUCGAUGCUUUAAUGCCUCUUACAACGUGAAAGAGUACAUGAACAUGGAUAUCACCUUAAUUUUGGUCAUUUUCUUGGGGAUGGACUUAACCCUACUAGAAUGUCAGUAAUAAGAUCCACUUGAAUCACAAGUCUGCAACAUAUAGGUUUAGUUAGAUACGACGUUGGUGUGCUGGAGUCGUCUCAUGCUUACGCGUCAAUUGCAUUACGAAAGAUUCUUUAGGAUAGCUAACCAACGGACGAGAAAUACUAAAAGUUAUUCCUCAUACAAGUAUGAACACUACUCUCUCGACCAAAGUCCUCGACAGAACAUUGGCUCCAUCAACCACUCUAUGCUUAUGCUUUUACAUAGAGGCCAUGAGUUGGAAGCUCUUAAAUUACUUAGGGAGCAGCUGCGGUGGGGUGGCACCAACACCCUCAAUGAGGUUACUGUAGCUGUUGCUCUCAAGGCUUGUCGUGGGGACCCAAAACCCGGGUGCCAAAUUCAUGGACUUGCAAUUUCAUCUGGGUUUGAUUCGUUUGUCACAGUAUCGAAUUCUCUGAUGAAUGUGUACUGCAAAUCUGGACAAUUUGAUCAAGCUUUUGAAAUCUUCAAGAACUUAAGUAGCCCGGAUAUUGUUUCUUGGAACACAGUUCUUUCAGGUUUCCAUGAAAGUCAGGAUGCGCUAAGAUUCACUCUUCAAAUGCAUCAAACUGGGGUCUCCUUUGAUGCUGUGACUUAUACUACUGUUCUUAACUUUUGCUCAGAUAUUCAGGACUGUCUUCUGGGUUUUCAGUUUCAUUCCCUUGUAAAUAAAUCUGGGUUUGACUCUGAAACAUUUGUUGGGAAUGCACUUAUAACAAUGUACUCGAGGUGGGGCUAUCUAGAAGAAGCUAAGAGAUUGUUUGAUGAAAUGCCCCAAAGAGAUUUGGUUUCUUGGAAUGCUCUACUUUCAGGCUAUGUCCAGGAAGGAAAUUAUGGGGUAGAAGCAGUUUAUACAUUUGUUGAAUUGGUGAGGGAAGGUAUGGAGCUUGAUCAUGUCUCUUUUUCUAGUGUGAUUUCAGCUUGUGGCCAUGAAAAAAGCUUGGAACUUGGGAGACAAAUACAUGGUCUAGUUUUGAGAUCUGGGUAUGGGACUCAUGUUUCAGUUUGUAAUGUUCUCAUCUCAAUGUAUUCAAAGUGUGAGGUGGUUGAAGAUGCUAAUAUGGUAUUUGAGAGCAUGACUGAACGCAAUGUGAUUUCAUGGACGACCAUGAUUUCUAUAAAUGAAAAAGAUGCUAUUUCUCUCUUCAUUGAUAUGAGAAAAGAUGGAGUUUAUCCAAAUGAAGUAACAUUUGUUGGAUUAAUCCAUGCUAUAUCAGUUGAGAAUUUGGUAAAAGAAGGGCAUACAAUUCAUGGAUUUUGUAUAAAAACUGGUUUCUUGUCUGAUUUGAAUGUUUCCAACAGUUUCAUUACCAUGUAUUCUAAAUUUGAGUCCAUGAAGGAGUCAAAGAAGAUCUUUGAUGAGAUUAGCUACAAAGAGACCAUAUCAUGGAAUGCUUUAAUUUCUGGGUACGCACAAAAUGGGAUGUCUCAAGAAGCUUUACAGACAUUCUCCUUAGCAAUACUAGAAUCCUAUCCAAAUGAAUUUUCUUUUGGCAGUGUUUUAAGUGCAAUUGGAUCUGCUGAAUCUGUAUCACUGAGGCAAGGGCAACGGUGCCAUUCCUGCAUAAUCAAACUUGGGUUAAAUACCAACCCAGUUGUAUCUGGUGCGCUCCUGGACAUGUAUGCAAAGCGUGGGAGCAUUGAAGAGUCACAGAAAAUAUUUAGUGAAUCACCUCAAACAAGCCAAGUUGCUUGGACGGCAAUUAUCUCUGCCUAUGCAAGGCAUGGAGACUAUGAAUCAGUGAUGGAACUGUUUGAGGAAAUGCAAAGAAAAGCAGUCCCACCAGAUUCAAUUACCUUUCUAUCUGUUCUAACUGCCUGUGGCCGACGUGGGAUGGUAGAUAUGGGUUGUCGAGUAUUUGAUUCAAUGGUCAAAGAUCAUCACAUUGAACCAUCCCCUGAACAUUAUUCAUGUGUUGUGGAUAUGUUGGGCAGGGCAGGGCGGCUUGAUGAGGCAGAGGAGUUUGUGCAUCAGAUGUUAACAAAGCCAGGGUUGUCUGCAUUGCAAAGCUUACUUGGGGCUUGUAGGAUUCAUGGGAAUGUCGAAAUGGGUAAAAGGGCAGCUGAGGCUUUAAUGCAGAUGGAACCCAUGGAAUCUGGUUCUUAUGUGCUGAUAUCUAACAUAUAUGCUGAGAAGGGAGAGUGGGACAAGGUGGCAAAGGUAAGGAAAGGGAUGAGAGAAAGGGGAGUAAAGAAGGAGAUUGGUUUUAGUUGGGUGGAUGUGGUUGGUGGUUCAAUGUACAUGCAUGGGUUUUCCUCAGGUGACAGGUCUCAUCCACAAGCUGAGGAGAUAUGUUGGAUGGCAGAAUUGUUAUGGUCAGAAAUGACAUCUUUAGAGAGAAAAGAGAGAGGCCUUCUUCAAUCUAUAAUAUAGCCCAAAGAGCUGAGUCCCAUGAAAGGGAGACACUUGUGGUUUAAUUUUUCCCUUUGUCUCUUUCUGUUUUGUCCCCAGAUUUUCUCUGUUGAAAGAUGAGGAACCUAACUAAAAUGGGCAAUUUAUGGUUUCUUUACUAAAUACGCUUGUGUAUGGCUUUUCAUCCCUUUUGGCAUGUAAGGAAACAGAAGUAAUUUUCUUGUUCAUGAAAUGUGAAUGCAUGUCUGUUCUGGCAUUUUUACUCUCACACACAAUGUUCUUAUUAGAUGUUUC